GAGUGGGUUUUGUCGUAUCGGAAGAUUGUUAAGAAUACCCCAAAACCAUGACGGCCACGAUGGAACCAAAAGGCACCGGUCUGAAGCGUGAGAUGGGCUUAAUGUCAGCGAUCAACGUCAUUAUCAGUGUGAUGAUCGGAUCCGGGAUCUUUGUGUCACCAACGGCCGCCCUCCGAUAUUCAGGGAGUGUCGGAUUCUGUCUGGUCGUGUGGACAGUUUGCGGUGGCAUCUCACUGCUUGGGGCGUUGUGCUUUGCUGAAUUAGGUACUGUAGUACCACGAUCUGGUGCAGAGUACGCUUACCUGAUCGAGGCGUUCAAGAAGUCACACUCGUUCUGGGGUCCACUGCCGUCGUUCAUCUGCGCCUGGGUGUAUGUGAUGAUCCUGCGACCGGCCGAAAUCGCCGUCAUAAUCCUCACGUUUGCUGAGUACUCGAUACUGCCCUUCCGGCAUCUGCUGGGCCUUGACCAUCUGCCGGCGGAAGAUCUGCAUUUGCUGAUCAAGCUCAUUGGAAUCUUAGGAUUAGGUAUUAUCACCUACAUCAAUCUCAGCAGUGUGAAACUGUACGUCACCAUCAACAACGUGUUCGGGUUUUGCAAGGUGUUCGCAUGCCUUGUGGUAAUCUUCAGCGGCAUCUAUCAGCUGGCGAUUGGCAAUACGCACAAUUUGUCCGGAGGUUUCGAGGGCACGCAUACCAGUCCUGGCUACAUUGCGCUUGCCUUCUACAAUGGCCUAUGGGCGUACGAUGGUUGGUCGAGCGUUACGACCAUCACGGAGGAGAUCAAGAAUCCGGAGGUAAACAUUCCUCGUUCGAUCAUGAUCGCCGUUCCGAUCAUCACCGGGUUGUAUGUGUUCAUGAACCUCGCCUAUAUGACCGUUCUUUCGAUGGGUGAGAUGAUCGCCUCGGAGGCGGUCGGUAUCGAUUUCGGCGAUCGUUCCCUUGGUUCGUUCUCGUUCCUUAUCCCGCUGGGUGUCGCUCUUGCCACGUUCGGUUGCGCCCUCAGCAUCCAAUUCGGAGUGACACGUCUCUGCUAUGUUGCCAGCCAGGAAGGUCAGAUGUUGGAACCACUUUCGUACAUCCACGUUCGUCGCGCGACACCGGCUCCAGCCGUCGCGAUGCAGGGAGUACUAGCGUUAGCGUUCAUCCUGGUCGGUAAUAUCGAAAUGCUGAUCGAGUUUGCUUCAUUCCUGAUCUGGUUCUUCUACGGAGCUGCUGUGGUGGCGCUGUUGGCUCUUCGUCGAACACAACCCAACGUUCACCGGCCGUACAAGGUGCCUUUAAUAGUGCCAUACAUCACAUUGGCCGUUUCCGUGUUCUUGUCGAUCGUACCGGUCAUAAGCGAUCCAUCUCCUAAGUACCUGUUCGCUGUGGCGUUCAUCCUGAGCGGAGUGCUGGUCUACACGCCGUUCGUCUACUACAAAGUUCGACCAACAUGGAUCGAUAAACUGACCUUCCUCAUCCAAGUGCUCUUCGAAGUCGUUCCAACUUCCAACAAAUUAGACUAG